AAUAGAGGCUUGACACACCAAAAUACUCAUUAAGAAGAAGUAUAACAAAAUUCAGUAUGCAUAAGUUGGAGAGAAAAAUGGGCUCCGAGACAAUUACUUUUUGCAUUUUCUCGGCUGUGGUUCUUCUGCUUACAUCAAAAGCGACAGCAAGAAGUCAGAUUUGGCCAGGACCCGGAGGUUCGUGGCCUGGCGGCUAUCCUGGAGGCUAUCCAGGAGGGUAUCCUGGAGGUGGAGGUUAUCCUCCAGGCUAUACAAAAGAAGGUUCGUCCGGAGGUGGAGGAGGCAGCGAAAAUACUGGUGGAAUGAGGGAUGCACUACCUUAAAUUAAGCCUCCCAGCUGAAUCCAGUUCGACAGAGUGUAGCAUUUACGCGUUAUAUAUACAACUUCGUGGAUGAAUAUGAUGCCAAUAAAUAUAUAAAUUUAGUAGUGGUUUGUGUGUAAUGUUGUAUAAUAUUUGCUGUCUUAAUUAUGUAAUGUGCACUAGCAUAUAUUGAAUAAUGAUGAAGUUAAAUAUGUUGGAGUAUGAAUGAAGAAAUUAUAUCAUUGCUCUUGAAA